AUGGAAUGUAAUAUUGAGUUUAUAAUGCCCAUCUUAUUCCCUAAUUUAGUGACAGUAUAUCAUAGCAGUGACGCCACUUCUGUAUCAUCAUUUGAUAACCAAGAUUGGUAUCUUAUACCAAACGUCAUGAAUAGUCACUUCAAUAGUGUAAUGGAUUCAAGGCCGAUUGUCUUAAGAAUUGAUAAUCUUCCCCCGGGGAAAAACUGGAAACAGAUAAAAUACUUGAUUGGUGGGAUUAUUCAUCAUUCUAGCGUUCUGAAAGUAAAACUGCUUCCAUUAAUGACGUCUCUGGUACCACCUUUCAUAUCUUUCCAGAGCUGUAUCGUUACAUUGAAGUCAUCAUUGGAUGAGGAUUCCCUAAAUGAUUUAUUGAUGGAACUGAACACCUACCAAUGGGAUUAUUAUAACCUAUAUGCAUACACUCUGCCUAUUCCGGCACCGCCGCCACCUCCUCCACUCUCGCCACCUUUAAACCAAAUUAUAUCCAGUGAUUUCGAAAGCUCAACAGAUAACGAACACUCGAGCAAUGAGAGUACUCCAAAUACUGCAAAAAAAACAUUUCUAUACCCUAUGCCGCCACCUGGAGCAUUACAAGGCGGCUUGCCAAAUGUUUUACCAAACGGUAUACCCUCUGUAAUUGCCGCAGGGAUGCCUGCCAUGUCACCAGCACCCAUGAUGAAUCCUCAGCAGCUCGCCGCAAACGCCUCGAUGCCACCUCAACCAAUGAUGAAUUUACCGACACAACGGCGCCCCUACUAUCAGCCGGCCGUUUUAACAUUCAAUCAAAGGUCCUCAUUUGGUCCGCUUCCCAAUAAUAUGAGAAUGAAAAAUAAUUCACUUUCUGCAUAUUCUUAUUAUCCACAGAAUAAUCGAGCCAUGGCAACUGGCCAAAGCGAGUCGUUUAAAUCGUUUUCGAAGCAAGUCAAUGGUAAUUUGAGUGGUGCAAGUAGCUCAAGGGGCCUUAAGCAAAUUUUCAACGAACGAAGCUUUAGAAAACAAAUGACAGGGAGAGGUAUGUUUCAAUUACAAAUUGAAAAUUUCCCUCCCUAUUUAAAGAUGGAGACCUUGAUAAGCUUGAAUGAGCAGCAAGAAGUUCAAUUAAGAGAAAAGGGCCCGAAAAUCAUUGCAACUAGUCAACCGGAUCUGUUCGGAAGGCUAAGGUGGACAAUAUUGAAAGACUAUAUAAAAUCAAGAUGUCCCAAAUUAUUAAAUUUACAAGAAAAACUAAAAUCACAGUCAGAAACAUCACAGGAUGGUGUUGCAACAAAUAAUACAAGAGAAUUUUAUGUCGGGGUGUAUGAAGACGACGAAGUCCAAGUACAGUUGAACAUAAUUUCACAGGAUGAUACCCAGGACAAGGUAGGAAAAAAGGAUACUACAGCGGUAGAGGGACCCACAACGGAUGAAGAAAAGGAUAUACAAAAAAAUAUUGUAAAUGCGGUUAUUUACAAAGCAAUCGUGGGAUUUAACGAUAAGGAAUUGUAUGAUACGUGUUUUGAAAACUUGCGGGAUCAAGAAUAUUCAUUGGGUUACAAAUUGAAGGUUAGUCGCUUAUCUCCGUUUGAAGAGAAUAAAAACGGUGGUACAGGUAACAGCGAUAAUACAGGAAAUUGA